UUAAUUAUUUAAAUCCAAGGAUGUCUAGAAUUGAUGUGAACGCAAUCACCAACGAUUUCUCACAUAUUCAGCCCUGAGGAACGGUUUUUGACAGAUUGACGUAAUGUUACAACACAGUCUAUAGGUCCAGCGUUAGCGGGCGGGCGUAAUGAGCACAAUGCUCUUGAGCAAACGAUACUGAUCUGUAACGUUUGUAUCUACAUAGGCUACCAGUUCAUAAGUUUAUAUUUUGUAGAAAACUUUUUCGCGGACAUCAGGCAAUGCGUCCAUCAACACAGUGCGGGAGGCUACGGGUGAGCUCGUACAGAAUCUUUAUGCAUGUUGUUUUGGCCAGUUAUUUCCACAAACUUCAGCAGGCAGGCAGUCAGAUUAUCCCACUGCCAACAACAUGAAUUGAACAACAUAUUAAUUUGUAGCUGUUGCAGCUGCAUUGCAGAGUGUCUUCCCACAGUCGGAGCUGGCGACCUUCAUGUCCCUCACAAAAGCAGAGCAACAACUAGCUCACCAUGAUAGGUACAGGCAUCCGCCUCUUCAACAAGGACUUUGUCAUAUACAGUAGUCUAAUGCGUUUGCGCAUAUACUGGGGGUUAUACGAGAGUACCAGGUACGCAUGGAAAAGUGAGACACGGUGACUCAUUAAACCAGCGGAGCAAAUUAAGAAGCCUCUAUUGAAUUGAUUUACAGACUGUAGGAAAGGAGCCGAUGGCAUUGAGGACGGUAAGACCUAUGAAAUGUUGCAUUCUAAUAAGUAAAAUAGAUGAACUCUUGAACUCCAGUCCACAUUGUUUCUCCUGUUGACUGUCCUUUGGAUUCACUCCUACAUCCCUGUAUUUUUCUGGAAUCAGUAUGUUUAUUUAAAUAGGAAUAACUUUCUGAAUGUUUUUUUUCCAGAAAAAGACAAACAUAAAAAGGAUUUUUUUAAAUUUAGCCAGUACACUUAUGUAUUUACCAAAUCUAUUCACAAAUUGUUAUGAGUGCAGUGCCUUCCAUUUUAAACGAAGCCAUACCUGCCACCAUCAACGACAUUGAGAGGGAGCUAAAGAAAUCCCAGUGCUUGGCCUCCGGCAGUACACAGCCCUGCUGGAGGGCCAGUGCAGUCCCCCAUCAAAACAGAUCUGCUGCAACAGGCCCUGUACAAUGUGCGGCAACACAAGGCUUUCCUCAAAGUCAUGCUGGUAAGUAAAGCCAGUGUCAUGUUCAUAAAUAUGGGUCUAAGCAAGUUCUUAUGACGUGUUUGCUUUCUAACUGUAAAUUGGUUUUAAGAGUUUGUCACAAACGCUCAGAAAUGUUUUCUCCUAUAUUCACUAGUUUGCCCUCUGUGUGUCCUGUUUACUUAUUACUUAAAAGGCUGAUUUAGGUGAUUUUAACAUUUCCAUUAACAUCUCCAUGUAAAUAGUCGUAUAGUUUAUAUAAUUUGUGCACUUAAAGUUGACUUCUGUACAUUUUUUGGAUAGGUAUCAUGCGUAUGAUGUGUUCCCAUCAGGCUGAUGCCAUAUUGUGUGCCAAACAAGUGGAGGCCCUGCAGUCUGACCUUGUGGCCCGGCUCAUGCUCCUGGAAGCCACAGUGCACGCAAAGACUGCUGUGCCCACUGCACAGGUUUUUCCUCAUUUCACAGGCCUGUCGAAGCUCUGGGCCGGCUUUCAGGACGAGAUGGUCCUGCUCAGCAUCCUCAACAACAUGGUAGUCAGCCUGAGGCCCUUCCUGACCGCCCAGUCCCACCUUUUGCUGGAGGGUCAACUGGAGGCCAUGCUGGACGGUGCGGACAUCAAGAGCGACGAUGACAGACUGAGUGCAGGUGGGCAGUGUUCAGUACAGUACAGUUUAGCUUCUGGACAUCACAAUUAUUUGAGAACUGCAGGAUUUUGAUACUGGGGGGUUUUGAGCAGCUCUCUACCUGUGGGUCCCAUUAUAAUGUUUCAUUAACUGCUACUUGACAAAAAGCUGGCAGAAUUUGAACUUGAGUGCGGGCUUAUUGAACCCUAGAGAUUUACUAGAGAAACGUUGGACCAUGUGAAAACAGAACAAGCACUGAUUAUCUC